AGUUUGGGCGGACGUCCUUAAGUCGCACGUGUCAGUUCGUUAUUCGCUUUAGGGUUCGAGGAACGGAUAGUCGGGUCUUGGUCUUCUCAUUUCCGUCAUCUUUUUGGUGAGAGCUCGUCAGCGAAAGAAUCGCCCUAUGUUCGCGCAGACGUCGUCCUCGAGAGGAUGUGGAGCUCCUUCAUUCCGAUCACUCGACAUCAAUCUGUUGGUAGCUCCUCUCGUUGAUUGCCGAAAUCGAAAUCCUGUCUGGUGCAUGUCCUGUGUCGAAAUCCUCUCGGUGCAUGUCCUCUCGGUGCAUAGCCCCAAAAAAGAGUGUAGACCACAAUGCAACCUCAACGUUCCCGCACCACUCCUUAAGCCUGGCAUAAAUUAUGUGGUAUGCCAACAAGAACAUUUUCGAGGUGGAAUAUCUCCACAUCUCGACCUUUUGCUGGAUGAAGUUGAUUUGGAAGACUUCACAUGCGGUUCAAGUGAUUCCAGUGUCAAUUCAGUGGUAACUUGGAGCCGUUCCCUAGUGCACUUUUUAAGUUUGGACUAAGGAAGAUAUCCUUAAAAUGCGACCCGCUUUACUAUUUAAUAUUGUUUUUGCAAUUUACCUACCAUAACCCCUAAAAGUGCAAUCCGUUAUUAUAAAUAAAUAAAUUUACUCAUAAACAAAUGAUCAGAUAAAUCCUAUUAACAUUAUCGAAUGGUUAAAUAAAUCAUUUAGUAAAUUCAUCUAAAAAAACCUGAUAAAAUCAGAAUUUCUAACAGAUAGCUUCUGAGUAUAUAAUAAGAUAAUUUAAAAUUCAGAACAAUAUCAGAAAAUAGAUAUUGUUGGACUCUAUUUAACUGACAAAAACUUUUUAUUUUCCUAAUCAAACUCUCUCUAGAAACCGUCUCCGAAAUUUUCUCUAUCCACAACUCAACUCUCUCCUCGAUCUUCUCUUUCUAUCCUUCUCUUUACGGAGUAAAUCAAGGUAACCUCUUUUCUAAACCCUAACAAAUCUCCCCCAAUCACGAAAACUAAUGUCCUUAAGCAAAUUUCACGGUGGCUCCUCCUCCUGCUCCUCCUCUGCCACGGCUUGCGCUGCUUGUAAAUACCAGAGGAAAAAGUGCACCGAACACUGUAUUCUCGCUCCUUACUUCCCACAAGAAAAACAAAAUCAGUUUCUAAACGCCCAUAAACUGUUUGGAGUAAGUAACAUCACAAAGUUCAUCAAAGGAGUUGAAGAAUGUCAACGGGACAUAGCUAUGACUAAUCUUAUGUUCCAUGCUAAUGCACGUGCUCGAGAUCCAGUUUGGGGAGUUUGCAAGAUCAUGCUUGAUCUGAAGAACCAGAUUGCUUGUACUCAGGCUGAACUUAACUUGAUUCAUCAACAGAAUCUUGCCAUGUGUCGAACUAUAGCUCUCCAGCAGCAAUUUGGUUGCUAUUCGUACGGAGAUCUAGGAGACGAAUACCUUAAUAUUGAUGGUCAUGUUCAUCAGAAACAGAGUCUGCUGAACUACGAGAUGUUUAUGGAGAUGCCUAUCAAGCUUGAGAAGGAAAAAGUUUCUAUGGACACAAGAAUGCAGUGAACCAGAUAACUAUGCUUUUAAGUCUUUCUAGUCUUUUUGUGUUUUUGUACACUCUCCGAAGUUUAGUUUUAAUUUGUUUUCGUGUUUACCACUGCUCUUUUCUUUGCUAUAGUU